CGAGGGCCUCGGCACAAAUCCGACAGACCUCCGAGGGUACACUUGUGUUCGGUUCUGUUUUUUAUUUUGUAUUUUUGUUUCGCCUUAUCCUUCUCUCUUUCUCUCUCUCACUCUCCGCCCGUCUCUCCCUCUUUUUGAUUCUCGUUCUCUCCUCCCCAUCCCUUUUCUCGUCGUUCGGUCCCUCCCUUCUUUCGUUGUGCCGCGCAAGGUGGGGGCUCCGAUGAAGAAAUGCCGAGGUGCCUGAUGGCGAAAAAGUGGAAAGGGUACCCGUGGCCGGACGAGAGGCCGAGAGAAGAAGACGAAGACGAAGAGAUCGAUGUCGUCGGUGACACACCUGCUGGGCCCCAAAUUUGGGGACCUUCGAGCCCGACGGCGGCAGCUACAGCACCGAGCCCACCUCCUCCACAUCACACAGACAGGAUACCGCCUAUCAUUUACAACGGAUAUGUCCAAGAUUUAUCACAUUUCACGGCUUACCUACCGAGAGAACCUUCGGUAACACCGCCGUCCUAUGCGACGCUCCAACCGGCGACAGAGCUGACGACGCUUCCGAGGACGAAAUCACUGUCAAUGUGUUACACCAGCACGGGUGCAGCUCUUUCGUUACCGCCUAAGAAGAAGGACAUCUACCGCCCUUAUUCUUUGGACGACCGGCCUGCGGUGACCACCACAUACACCAAUUUGGGGUGGAGGCCGGCGGAAGAGGACUUAUCCGCGGCUCACGCUAUCUUAGACCUCAGUGCCUCCACCCCAGCACCACCUCCAGAGAAACCGUCACCCAACCCCCCUACCUCUAAAACUGUAGCAUACACCUACGAGGCCUUUUUUGUCAGCGACGGCCGGUCGAAAAAGAAGGCGGUCGACCCGGCCGGACAAGUCGACUCCAAGCAGAGGUACACUUGCUCGGAAUGCGGGAAGCAGUACGCCACGUCGAGUAAUCUAUCGCGGCACAAGCAGACUCAUCGGAGCUUAGACUCGCAGUCGGCGAAGAAGUGCAUGACAUGUGGGAAGGCGUACGUAAGCAUGCCGGCCUUGGCCAUGCACCUCCUCACACACAAACUGAGCCACGCAUGCGGCGUCUGCGGCAAACUUUUCUCCAGACCUUGGCUCCUCCAGGGCCAUCUCAGAUCGCACACCGGAGAAAAGCCCUACGGAUGCGCGCAUUGCGGCAAAGCCUUCGCCGACCGGUCUAACCUCCGGGCACACAUGCAGACGCAUUCGGCCGACAAGAACUAUCAAUGCACGAGAUGUCACAAAACCUUCGCGUUGAAGUCUUACCUGAACAAACAUCUAGAAUCGGCAUGCUUGGAAAGCGGUGAGCACAUAAUAAAAUCUCCCUCCCCUUCGAUACCUGGUUAGGGCUAAACUCGCACCGUCCAAAUCUACAACAGUUCGUCCAAAAAUACGAGGACUUUUUUGUGCUUCGCACGAGAAAGUUACUAACUACUACUAGUCACUCUAGACGCUUCUACUCACUAUCGUUAUACUUUAUUAAAUCUUAAAAUUUGUAACUAGCAUGGCUUAAAUCGGUUAAUGAAUUUUGUAGUUUAUGUCUCAUGUCGUUAAGGAGUAAUUUAAGCCCAUUGAUUGGGCUGAGUUUUAACUAAACUCCAGUUUCGCAAAUCAACGAAUCUUUAGAAAUAACAAAAAAAUGUUGCAAAACAAUAUUAAUUUCUAGUCAUUAUUUUUGUAACUAUAACCAAAACUAUCCUAGUCAAUUUUUUCAUUUAUCAACGAAACUAGUCAUUUCUUUCUGUUUAAGCUUCUUUUUAUCUAGUCAUUAUUUUAAGUCUUCAAUUUAGUCAUUUAGCCUUUAAUAUGUAAAAACACAAGCAUUCUUUUUUCUAGACAAUAGGGUUAAAUUAAUAGACAAUAAUUAUUUUUCUUAAUUUUUUUUAAUUUAUUUAAUAAUGUUCUUUGAAAUAAGCACUAACGUGCCAUAAUAAGCUAGCAUAAACCAAAGAGUAAGUAAUAUUAAGGUAUUUAAGUCACAACGAUCAUUCUAGUCCGACUCACUAGUCAGUCAGUACUUAAUUAUAAGGUCAAUUCUAAAAGCCAUAUUAAUUUUAAUUAGUUAAGAUAUUUUUUCAGAGAUCUCAUUAGAGAAAUAAUUGCCAUACUUCGUCACAUUCCAGUAUUAGGUAUAGGAUAACUGUAACACCACUAGUCUUAAGAUCUAGUCCGAGGAUGAGAUAAUCUAGUCAAAAAUAGUGGUCUAAGAGAAUUUAUAAGCAAUAAAUGCAAUAAGCACUUAUAAUUUAAAUUGUAUAGAUAAGAGAAAAAGUGCAAUAUUAAAUCUAGUCGGUGUAAAUAAUUCUAGUCAUAUGAUUUAAUUAUUUAUUUGUUUUUGUAUGUUAAGAUCCCUCCGUCGAACGCUUUCUGUGCUGUGCGAAUCGCUCUUCCUUAGUCUUCUCUAUCAUUUCAGCAAGAGCCGAGCUCCGUCUUACGAGAUGUUGUGUCCUGUCGCUUUCCUUAACUUUUUUAGGCCCCGUUGGAUAUUUUUCCGCAGACCCUCUUUUAAAGUGUCGUCUAUUGUUCCCGUGUGUUGUCUAGACUUCUGCCGAGAAGGCUUAUAUUGGUUUCCAGCUCUAAAGCUCCCCCUCUCACUUCUUCGGCUUCCUCCGCUUCUGUAAACAAUGUGGGUAAACAUUUUAACGUCCGCCCCUUCCUUUUCGGUCUCGUCCCUCUUUCACUGCGUCUCUCACCCCUUAAACCCUCUCAUCCUCUAAUCUUACCAAAUAGCUUCUGCUUUUUCGCUGUUUAUAGCACUUUGUCUUAUCUUUGUUCUAAGUCUGCGUCCUUGUUCUCCCCGUCCUCGUAGUCAGUGUUGUCGGGUUUUUCCAGUCUUUUGUCUUUAGACGGAGGGAUUGGACGAAAAACGAGUGAUAUCUAGUCGAAAUAUUACUGUGGCUAAAGUACUUAACUGGGCGGCUUGAAAAGCACUCGAGUUUAAGCACCACAAUAUUUGUAAAUAGAUAGAGUUUAAUUCUCAAAAUGAUCUCUUACCAUAUAAUAGGUUUAAGAUGUUUAAUUUUCUUUUUAAAUGAAGGGAUGAAUGGUCAGUUUUGAGUAUUUUAUUCUUUAUAUUCUAUUCAUUGUGCGAAAGCAAUAAUCUAGUCAGGUUGAUUUUGCACUUUCGUUUUAAAAAAUGAAUGAGUUUCCGUAAGCCUAUUUUUUCUAUAUUCUAGUCAUUGUGCGAAAGCAUUAAUUUAAUCAAGUUGGUUUGGAAUUUUCGCUUUAAAAGAUGAAUGGGUUUUCUGUUGAAAUUUUAAAGUUGCGUCUUUCUGAAAAACGUUUUUUUAUAUCCUAGUCAUUGUGCGAAAGCAAUAAUCUAAUCAAGUUGUUUUUUACCAUUCUUUUUAAAAGAUAAAUGAGUUUUCUGUUGAUUAAGAUUGUGGCUUUUCGUAAACGUGUUUUUUUCUAUAUUUUAGUCAUUGUGCGAAAGCAUUAAUUUAAUCAAGUUGAUUUGGAAUUUUCUCUUUAAAAGAAGACCGUGUUUUCUGUUGAAAUUUUAAAGUCGGGUCUUUUUGAAAAACGUUUUUUUAUAUUCUAGUCAUUGUGCGAAAACAAUAAUCUAAUCAAGUUGUUUUUUAGGAUCCUUUUUAAAAGAUAAACGAGUUUUCUGUUGAAAUUUUAAGAUUGUGUCUUUUCGUAAUUUUUUUUCUAUAUUCUAGUCCUUGUGCGAAAGCAUUAAUCUGAUCAAGUUGAUUUGGAAUUUUCUCUUUAAAAGAUGACUGGGUUUUCUGUUGAAAUUUUAAAGUCGGGUCUUUUUGAAAAACGUUUUUUUAUAUUCUAGUCAUUGUGCGAAAGCAAUAAUUUAAUCAAGUUGUUUUUUACCAUUCUUUUUAAAAGAUUGUGUCUUUCCGUAAACCUAUUUUUUCUAUAUUCUAGUCAUUGUGCAAAAGCAUUAAUUUAAUCAAGUUGGUUUGGAAUUUUCUUUUUAAAAUAUGAAUGAGUAUUCGGUUGAAAUUUUCGGUUGUGUCUUUCUCUAAAGAUUUUUUUACAUAUAUUCUAGUCAUUAUGCUAAAGCAAUAAUCUAGUAAAAUUGAUUUUGAACUCUCUUUUUAAAAGAUGAAUGAGCUUUUUGUUGAAAUUUUAAGGUCGUGUCUUUGUGUAAAACCGUUCCAUGGCAAUAAUGCGUUGGGGCAUUCGUCUGUUGUAAAUUCUCAAUUUGUGUUAAGACCCUAUGUGAAAAAAAAAUCUAUAAGCAAUAUAAAAGACAACGAUAAUCAUAAUAAUUUCGAUAAGCAAUAGCUUGGUGUCUUAUUGAAUUUCAUUGGAGCAAUGCCCCAAAUCUAAUAUAGCCUAUAGUAUUCAAAAGCAAUAAUAAUUGUAGUCUAGGUUAAGUGGGCCAGGGUUCUACAAAGGGGUUGAAUCCGUGUGACCGAACAGCCAUAAGUACAUUAAAGUAUUAAGCUUAGGAUAUAAGUGAACUAUUUAUUCCUUUUCAAUUUAAAACUUAAAUGAGACUUGAAACUACAAAAUUUUGCGACCUGUUUUAAAACGUGCUAGUAUAAAUAUUCAGAUUACUGUCCUAAACUAUGUUUCUAACAUUGUAUCUAUUAUAAUCUUUUUACAUUUUUGGUUUUCUGUAUAGUUUAAAAAUAUUAAAUUUUGUAUUUAAAUAUGUUAAUAAUCUUUCUUUAUCAAAAAAUAUGCUUUCUUAAAACAGAAGUGGUCUAUAAUUAUUUAAAAUUGUACAUUAUUCUUAUUUAUUUUAAUUUUUGUAAUAUUUUUUGAUUCUGCUAUAUAUAUUAUUUAUUCUAUUGUAAUUACCGAAUCAGGUUGAAAGUCAAAAUUAAACAAACCCAUGUAUUUUAUCAUUUCUAUGUUAAUUAUGUAUAAGACUUAAAUUAUUCUAUGUGUUAACUAGUCUCUCAGUCAGCAACGCUAUUAAUUUAUUAUGUAAAACGUUUUAUUUAUUUAUUAUUAACUAUUAUUAUUAAGAAUUAAGCAAUUAGGUCGCCAGCGCAUAGGUUUCAAAGAGAACAAAAUGAAAAAAAAAAUAAACAGCAACGAGCAAUUAAUUAGCGUCUGCUCAAGAUUUUAGACUACUCCCUAGGAUUGGUUAGAAUCCAUUUUGUAUACUAUAUACUCUUCCCUAUAUAAAAAGAAAAAAUAUAAGAAAUUAUAUAUGAAGUAUAAAAGAAAAAUGAUAUUUAUAACAUCUAGAGAAGGUAGAGAAUUAUAAUUAGCAGGAUGGUAGAAUUAAUAAAGUACAAGAGCACUAUAUUGUUGAACAUGCAUUUUAAAGGCACUGACAAAAAAUGAAAAGAAAAGAUAAGAAAAAAAAACAACACAUUCUAACCAAACAUAGUAAAAGCAAUUUUUGUAAUAUAUUAUUAUAUUUUCGUAAUAAAUAGUCAUUCGAAUUAUAAA